AUGAAAGAUAAAAUAAUUAAUAGAAAUGAUGAAGAUAUGGAAGAAGGAGAAUCACUAUUAUUAACAAAAGAACAAUCGAGAACAAUAUUAUUGGAUAAAAAGGAAUUAUAUGAUGAUGAUAAUUUAAGACAACGUACCAUUCUAACCAUCAUCAAGAUUAUGACUAUUGUUUUAAUGGUUGGUUAUCUAAUUGUAACAAAUACUUUAUUCUUUACUGGUGGUCAUAUCAUCUUUCUUAAUCCAAAUAAUAAUAAUAAUAGCACUUCAUCUGAUUCAUCAUCCUCUUCAUCAAAUUCAACUAUAAUACCACAAUUUGAUAUGAAUUAUUUUUUCUUAUUUUCAUCGUUUGAUGUAUUAUUGCUUUGUUGGACAUCAUGUAUAUUUUGGUUGAUACCAAUAUUUACAGAUGGAUUUUUAUAUCAUUUGGUAUCAUAUAUAUUUACAAUGAUUGGUUUAAUCUAUUUGGUGAUUAAAUCUUCAUUUGCCAUUCCAAUGUUGGAAAAGGGUAGUUAUACACCCGAACAAUUACCACCACAAUCACCUUUGGCGUCGAGUAGUGAAAAGAGAGAAUUGACUCUAAUCUGUAUUGCCAAUGCAAUUGGUAUGACGAUACUAUUUAUAGUACUUAAUCUUUAUACACUACGUGUGGCAUAUCGUAAACACCGUAGAGAACAAAUAGAACAAGCUCGUAAAUUAAAAUUGGCAGAAUCACAAGAAACCUCUGCCAACAAGGUUAAAAGAUCGACUGAAAUUAAAAAUUCCAAUGCCAAACGUCUAGCUUCAUUGUCCAAACCAGAAUUACCACUUAUUUUGGCAGCCAUGGUAGCACUCAUCAUAUCGUCCAUCUCUUCAUUGGCAAUCCCUGCCUUUUUUGGACAAAUUGUUGAAGUUGUAUCGACUACACGUAGUAUGGCAACACUAAACAAUUCAACCAUUUCACUGCUAAUCAUUUUCAUACUUGGUGGUAUUGCCACUCUUGUAAGAUCAUGGUUAUUUUAUUUGGCAGGUCAAAAGUUUGUUGCUCGUAUGCGUCGUGAACUCUUUGCUGCCAUUGUUAAACAAGAUAUUGCUUUUUUCGAUCAAAGUAGAACUGGUGAACUAGUUAAUCGUUUGGCUUCCGAUACUCAAGUUUUACAAAACACUGUCACCAUCAAUAUUUCAAUGGCUGUUAGAUAUUCAAUUCAAGUUAUUGGUUGUAUUAUUUUAUUAUUUAUUACAAAUUGGAAAUUAACAUUAGUAAUGUUAAGUAUAAUACCAAUUUUAGCAAUUGGAGCAGUAUUUUAUGGUAAAAAAGUUAGAUUACUUGGUAAACAAUUUCAAGAUGAAUUGGCAAAAAGUUCAACCACUGGUGAAGAAGUCAUUUCAAACAUUCGAACUGUAAAGGCAUUUUCAAGAGAAGAAAAAUUUAUAAAUAUUUAUUCAAAAGAUGUUCAUGGUAGUUAUUUAAUUGGUAAAACUUUGGCUUUAGCAAAUGGUGUUUUUGCUGGUGUUGUUUCAAUUAUUGCUCAAAUUGCUAUUUUACUUAUUGUAUAUAUUGGAGCACAACAAGUAUUAAAUGGUAAAACAACAACAGGACAAUUGACAACAUUUUUAUUAUAUACAUUGACAGUGGCAAUGAGUUUGGCAUUCCUUUCAUCAUUGUUUACAGAUUUUAUGCAAGCUAUUGGAGCAUCUGAUCGUAUCUUUGAAUUGAUGGACAAGAUACCAACUAUACCAAUCAAAGGAGGAGAGAGAAUAGAAAAUGCAGUGGGUGUGAUUGAGCUAAAGAAUGUCAAUUUUACCUAUCCCACUAGAGCAGCUCAGGUAUUACACGAUAUUACAUUGACAUUGCAACCAGGUACAAUGACUGCAUUGGUUGGUGGUAGUGGUGGUGGUAAAUCAACGAUUGUAGCUCUUAUUGAAAGAUUCUAUGAUACCGAUAAUGGAUCAAUUACAUUGGAUGGAGUUGAUAUUAAAAAGUUGGAUCCAAGUUGGUACCGUUCAAUACUUGGUUAUGUUAGUCAAGAACCUUUAUUAUUUGCUGGAACGAUCAGGGAGAAUAUAGCAUUUGGAUCGGAGAGUGCAACGAUGCAAGAGAUUAUAGAUGCAGCAACCAAAGCAAAUGCACAUCAAUUUAUUACACAAUUUGAUACUGGGUAUGAUACGAUGGUUGGAGAACGUGGUGUUAGAUUAUCAGGUGGUCAAAAACAAAGAAUCACCAUUGCCAGAGCACUACUCUUAAAUCCAAAAAUAUUAUUAGCCGAUGAAGCAACUAGCAGCCUUGAUGCGGAAUCAGAACAUCUAGUCAAAGAAGCUAUAGAUAGAUUAAUGACCAAUAGAACAGUAUUAAUUAUAGCUCAUCGUCUAUCGACUGUUGUCAAUGCCAACACUGUACUUGUCAUUAAUCAAGGUAGAAUUGAAGAACGUGGUACUCAUCAUGAAUUAAUUCAAAAUGAAAAUGCAAGAGAGGAGAAUGGAACCGCUGAAUCUGGAUCGAAUACAUCAUCACCGAGUUCAACUAGUACUAGUUCAACAACAUCUACUACUUCAACAAGUAGUACAACACAAAGAAACUAUGGUGUCGACAAUAACAAUGGUCAACCAACAUUACCAACACAUGGAUCAAACUCUAGAAUCAUGAGUGUCAAUUUAUUAGAUGUUAUUGGAAAACAAGAUCAUAUUAAAAGUGAUUUACUUGCAAAGAAUCAAAAAUCAUUAUUUGAAUUAAAAAGAGAAAUAUCAUUAUCAAGUAAAAAGAAUUUUACAUUGGAAAGAGAUAUUAGAAAUUUAGAUAAAAAGAUUGCAUUGUUGAUCAAGAAUAGAAUUACAUUGGAUGAAGUAAUGAGAUCAAGUGGUGAUAUUUUAGAGUUACAAAAUCGUACGAUUACAAUUAAAGAUACAUCGGCAAGAGAACAUUAUGGUCAAUUGUUUUAUUUACUGCAAAACAAUACAGCCUAUAUGGCAAGUUUGGCUAAAUUGGUAAAGGUUGGAGAGAUUGAUAAUCUUUUACAAACAGUCAUGUUUACACUUUAUGGUAAUCAAUACGAAGAGAAUGAAGAACAUCUUUUAUUGUCAAUGUUUCAAAAGGUGUUGAUGGAAGAGUUUAAAGAGGCAACUAGUAUUGGUAGUUUACUUCGUGCCAAUACUGCUCUGACACGUAUGAUGACUACGUAUACACGUCGUGGUCCAGGACAACAAUACCUCAAACAGUCACUUACAAAGCCACUCGAGCUCAUCACCAAUCACAAGGAUCUCAAUCUAGAGAUUAACCCAUCGACAGUCUAUGAAAACUAUAUCAACGAGUAUGAAACCAAGACUGGUAAAAUCUCUACCCUCAAACGUAAAGUGCCACCCGAAGAGUGUGCUAGCAACCCCGAGGUACAAGGUAUUUUACAACCUCGUGUUCAAAAGUUGAUAGAGAUUGGUGACACUUUUAUAGAAUCGAUUAUCGGAUCGAUCGACUCGGUUCCCUAUGGUAUUCGUUGGAUUUGUCGUCAGAUUCGAGAAUUGGUAAAGACCAAAUUCCCACAAGCGACUCGAGCUCAAACCUGUGGUUUGAUUGGUGGUUUUUUCCUACUUCGUUACAUUAACCCUGCUGUAGUAUCACCACAAGCUUUCAUGUUGGUCGAUGCCAAGCUCUCAAACAAUACGAAAAAGAAUUUGACCUAUCCAGCAAAGAUGAUGCAAAACCUUGCCAACAAUAUAGAAUUUGGUGGUGUCAAGGAGUUUUUCAUGGCUCCACUCAACACAUUCCUCGAUCGCAACAAGGAACGUCUCAAUGACUUUUUGGAACAACUCACCAAUGUCGACAAUCUCAAUGAUCACUUGUCACUUGACAAGUAUAUUGCUCUGGGACGUGUUGGUGAUUCGAUUUCAAUCAACAUUACACUCAAUGAAAUGUACUUUAUCCAUAGUCUGCUCGAGCAGCAUAUCCACACUUUGGCUCCAGAUCCCGUUGACCCAUUACGUAUCAUCUUGGCUGAUCUAGGUCCCGCACCUGCUCAAUUACCACGAACAGAAAAUGCAAAUGUCGAACUCAAACUUGCCAAUCGCUUCGAACUCAACGAGUCACUCAGUAUCAAACCCGAACAAAUGUAUAAUGAGACCAAAUAUCUCUUGUUUACAGUUCUUCGUAGUCUUGCAUCACACAAGGAUAGUGGAUCUAUGGGAGACAAUAUGGGAGCUACACUUGCCGAAGUUGCCAAACAUGCUGCCACCAACAAGAAUCAAGAUAUUGUAGAUUCUAUCAAAAAGAUAUUGUUCAACUUUAAAAAACUAUCAUCUGAAGGCUACCUCUCUGAAGAGGACAAUUACUCUCAACUGCGUAAAGAUAUUGUCGCAGAAAUGUUAAACUAUGAAUCUCACAUUGGUCGUACAGGUGUUGAACUCGACAAACUACGCCAAGUACGUCAAGCAAUCAUGGAUCACAAUCAAUUUUUGCAACAACAACUCGAUUCUUAUGAAAAGUACUUGGUCAAUGUACGUGAAAACUGUGGACCCGCCAACGACAAGAAAAACAAAAAAGACAAGAGCGACAAAAAGAGCAAGGACAAGUCGGGCGAAAAGCUAAAGAAACGUGGUCCAUUCAAGUUUAGCUAUUCACAAUUGGAAAAGGACGGUAUCAUCCUCGAGAGUGAGGUACCAGAAGACCGUCGUUCAAAUAUCUACUUUAGCUUUUGUUCGGCUUCCCCUGGCAUCUAUGAUGUUACCCUCAUCUAUCGUACUACAUCUGUAUCGGAAAUUAAAUUACAUCUAGACGAACUUUUGGAAUUACAAGCCAACCAUCAAUUGGAUUAUGAAACUGAUUUCUUUAAAUUAAAUAUUAAUUUAUUAUUAUUUUUAUUAAAUAAAACUUUUAUUUAA